ACCUACAUAGAUAUCCAAAAACUAAAUUAGUUGAAUACAAUUCAAUUGUCAGUUUUAAAAAUGGCCAAAAUAUCAUCACCUUUGGCUCUCUUAUUCAUCAUGUUAUCUUCCAUCAUGAUCAACCAUAUCCAUGUGGCGAGUUCCAAAACAUGGUGUAUAGCAACUCUAAUCGCAACGAAUGCGCAGCUGCAAGCAAAUAUUAAUUUUGCAUGUAGUCAAGGAGUUGAUUGUAGGCCAAUCCGACCUGGUGGAUCUUGUUUUAUCCCUAAUAAUCUUGCAAAUCAUGCAUCGUUUGUGAUGAACUCUUAUUAUCAGACCCAUGGUCGUACCAAUCAGGCAUGUAGUUUCAAAAAUACCGGCACAUUUGCUGCUACCGAUCCUAGUUUUGGUAAAUGUGUGUAUGCGUCUUAGAAAUUUUAUUUUGCUUCGAUAAUUUCUAUGCGUAAUAAAACAAUGAAUUGGUGAUUACAAUCAUCCAUUGGUGAAUACAAUACGUAAUAAAAGAAAUGGUGAUUUCAAUCAUCCAUUGGUGAAUAAA